AUGGCCGCUCGGACCGUCCCCCACGCCCACCCCAUGAGCUCCGAGUACGAGUUCGCCAACCCCAGCAAGAUCUACGACCAGAACUUUGGGGAAGGUGUGUCCCCAUCUGAGAUUUUAGCCCCUGCCCUGUACCACGGCUACUACAUCAGGCCUCGGAUCAACAAGCAGCUGGACCGGGGCACCUCCGAGAUCUGCCUGAACGAGCACAAAUUCCAGGUGUUCCUGGACGUCUGCCAGUUCCUGCCGGACGAGCUCAGCGUCCGCACCGUGGACAACCUGCUGGAGGUGGUGGGCCAGCACCCCCAGAAGGCUGAUCGCCACGGCUUCAUCUCCAGGGAGUUCACCAGGACCUACAUCCUCCCUCUGGACGUCGACCCCUUGCUGGUGAGGGCCACCCUGUCCCACGAUGGCAUCCUGAGCAUCGUGGCUCCCCGCACCGGCAAGGAGCUGAAGGCCAAAGUCAACGAGGUGAAGAUAAUGCAGGAGGAGCAGCCAGUGGGGAAAGAAGAGCAGCCCGAGGAAGAAAAAGAGAAGGAGAAGUCCUAA